AUGGCGUACCCGGUUCGAACUGUUCGCGUUACGCUUCUCGUCCUUAGUGUCACCAUCUUAACCGGUGUUAACGGGCAACUUCAGGCGUUAAAUCAAAUUCCGAUCGGACUGUUGGAACAUCUGAAGCAGGUACCGCAGGUAUGGAACGCCACGACCGCUAACGAACAGGCCUGUCUGAAUCAGCUGGAUGUUUUUGCACGCUCGUUCGAUGCCGGUGAACCGUGGGCUCUUAGUAUGUACGAUUCCUGGGGAAAGAAUCCGGCCGGCAUACUCUUUGGCAAUGUGUUUGCGUUCGGUAACUUUGACCAGUGUCGGCGUAUUUCCCACCAGGGGGCGCUGACGAAGCUGGGCGGCCAACACUGCACACUGUACGUGGAUCUCAGUCGGACCGGUGUCCCGGUACCGGCCCCACUGCAGUACGGUGUUUGCCUGCCGGAUGUCUGCGAUCCGCCGCUGGUGGCCCAGCUCACCAACGCGUUCUUCGCCGCCAACCAGAUGUAUGUCGGGAAUGGGCCACUGUUGGAAAAGUUCUGCUAUCGCGACGAGGAACGAUCCUUUCCCGCGGUCACCAUCGUAGCGAUCGUGCUGUUUUCAACGUACGGUGCAGUACUGCUCAUGGCCACAUUGGUGGAGCUGGUCUUCUUCCACCAGAAGCGGGAUGCUCCCAGCCUCGUGAAACGUUUCUCCUUCUACACCAACCUCGGGCACGUGUUCCGCAUUGUACCGCGCACGGAAGGUAAGGACGGUAUGCUCGAGUGUGUCAACGGCGUGCGUGCACUGUCGAUGCUGUGGAUCAUUGUGAAUCAUGUGCACGAUUCCGCGUACGGUAUACCGACGUUCAACAUACCCGUGCGGCAGGAGUACGCCGAUAGUUACUUCGGCGUGCUGUUUCAUCGGCUAGGCGGCAAAGCGGUCGACAUCUUCCUCAUGCUGAGCGGUAUGCUCGUGGCGCUCAAGAUGUUGCGCGAGCUGGAGCGCACGAGCCGGCUAAACGUGUGGGAACUUUGGCUGCACCGCAUCAUACGCAUAACGCCCGCUUACGCGGCAUUAAUCAUGUUCGGUAUCGCUUUCGUCGAUGUCGUCGGGGAAGGUAUACUGUACAAGCUGGUCGCCGAGGAGCUGUUGGACGCGUGCCACACGAGCUGGUGGUCCGCGCUACUGUACGUGCAGAAUUACGUCCAUUACGAGAAGAUGUGUUUCGCGCACACGUGGUACCUGUCGGUGGACAUGCAGCUGUACAUCGUGUCACCGCUGCUGAUCUAUCUGCUUUGGCGGUACGGCAAACGGUUCGUCCCGGCGAUCGUGCUGCUGGCGCUGCUCUCGAUCAGUUGCGUCUUCGCCACGUUCAUGGUGAACGAGUACCGGCUGAACCGAUCGGCUCCGCGGGGCGAUGGGCUGAUGCCACGCAAAACCUACCAUCCGACGCAUGCCCGCAUGUCGGUAUGGUUGUUUGGGGUGCUGUUCGGGUACCUGCUACAUCGCACCCGGGACACGCGGGUGAAACUCUCCAAACCGGUGCUAGCACUCGGGUGGCUGCUCACUAUCGCGAUCCUCGUCGUGACGGGGUAUGCGCUGAAGCAGCUGUACAUCGGUGAUUACACGCGCAUCGAACCGGUCGCGGACGCGUUCUACGAAUCGUUGCACCGUUCGUUCUGGGCGUUCGCUGUGAUGUGGGUGAUAUUCGUGUGCAUUAACGGGCAGGGCGGUAUUAUCGAUCGGUUUCUGGGCUCCCCCUUGUGGCAACCGCUGUCCCGUUUGUCCUACUCGAUGUAUCUCGUGCACAUUGCCAUCCAGGCAAUCACGCUAACGCAGGCCCUUCGGUUCCCGGUCGAGUUUACCGUGGUGAACCUAUUCUACACGUCGUUCGGGCUUAUCAGUGUAAGUGCCUGCAUCGGUACGGUCUGGUGCGUUGCGUUCGAGUAUCCUUUCUUCGGGCUGGAAAAGUACAUAUUCAAAAAGAAGCAAGCUUCGGACUAA